AUGUGGUCAGAGACGCUGGAUCCCAAUGGGAGAUACAUGGAGCCCGAUGGCUUUCCGCUGACGGUGUUGGCGAUUUCGUUUGUCUUUCUUGCGCUGUCGGUGCUCGCUGUGGGACUGAGGUCAUAUAUCCGGUUGUCCAGACACAUGUUCGGCAUUGAUGAUGCCUUCCUUGCUGCUGGAGCUGUCCUAUAUAUGGUUGUUAUUGGGUUGUCUUCGUACGGCCACUUCGUUGGGCUCGGUCGGAAAGAGGUCGACUUGAAUCAAUGGCAGUGGGAAAACGCUAUGAAGUACUACAUCAUCUGGAUCUUGGUCUACGUUGUCGCGCUGGGAUUUAUCAAAUCCUCUGUCUGCCUCACCAUCCUACGCAUUGCGACCACGAAAAAGCCGUUGCGCAUGUGUGUUUGGGUGCUUCUCGGCAUUACGUGGUGCUCUUUCUGCAUUACAUUCAUCGGCACCUUGCUCUACUGCCAGCCCGUGAGGGCGGUUUGGACGCCGAUGUUGAUCCUGAGCGGUGAGGGUUACUGCGCUUCGACCGAGACCUUCAUCAUCAUCGCCCACACCGCGACCGUCUCCACCAUUCUGACAGACUUGGCCCUAGUCGUGGUACCUGGAGUGCUUCUUUGGGAGACGCAAAUGAAACGACAGGCAAAAUUCCAGGCAUGGGCAUUGCUUUCAUUCGCUUCUGUGGCAUCCAUCAUCACCAUGCUGCGGAUCCCAUACAUCAACAGGUUUCGCGAGCAGCAAGAUCUGCAAUUUUGGGUCUCCCACAUCGUCCUUUGCUCCAACGUUGAGACCGGCAUCGGCUGCAUCGCCUCAUCGAUACCUUCAUUGAGACAUUUCACCCAGCGUAGCCAAGGAAGCAAUACCCACGAAUACAGCGAUAAACGCAGCGGACCAAUUGGGUUCUUCUCCGUCGGUAACGGACCGACCACCUUGCGCAAGAAUGAAGGCAGCAAGGAUCUGGGAAUCUCCUUGAGUACGGUGCGGGGACGCUCAGAUGAGCAGUGGCAGCGCAUCACAGAUGGCGAUUCUGACCACAGCACGAAGCCUAUGAACGCAAACCAAAUAUACGCGGUACACACAUAUACUGUCGAGCAUGAUGAUAAGCUGUCACAAAGGGCAUUGAGGGAUUGA